CUGGCCGCACACCAGCCUGUCUCGUGACGUCAUCCGGCAGGGCCGGAAGUGGUGCGGCAUGGAGGAGUGAUGCGAACUUGCAGGUCCUUGCGCUCUUGAGAGUAAUGAUGCGGGUGUGCUGGUUGGUAAGACAGGACAGCUGGCACCAGCGAAUCAAACUUCCACAUUUGGAAGCAGUUGUGCUUGGGCGCGGCCCAGAGACCAAGAUCACUGACAAGAAAUGUUCUCGACAGCAAGUACAGUUGAAAGCAGAAUGUGACAAAGGAUAUGUCAAGGUAAAGCAGGUGGGGGUCAAUCCCAGCAGCAUUGACUCAGUUGUAAUUGGGAAGGACCAAGAGGUGACACUGCAGCCUGGCCAGGUUCUCCACAUGGUGAAUGAACUGUAUCCAUAUAUUGUAGAGUUUGAGGAAGAGGCAAAGAGCCCUGGCCUGGAAGCACACAGGAAGAGAAUGAGGUCAAGCAACAGUGACUCUGUAGGAAGGGAUGCUGCCCAGAAAGCUGAGUCCAGUACAAGACUGGAAUCUGGGAGUGACCCUAGCCAGUGCUCUAUGCCCGCACAGAAGGGGAAAGAUGCAUCUGCCAAAAAGGAAUCAUUGGGCCACUGGAGUCAAGGCUUGAAGAUUUCUAUGCAGGACCCCAAAAUGCAAGUUUACAAAGACGAGCAGGUGGUGGUGAUUAAGGAUAAAUACCCCAAGGCUCGUCACCACUGGCUGGUCUUACCGUGGGCCUCCCUUUCCAGUCUGAAGGCUGUGACCAGGGAACACCUCGAGCUCCUCAAGCACAUGCACGCUGUCGGGGAAAAGGUGAUUGCAGAGUUUGCGGGGUCCAGCAAACUCCGCUUCCGAUUGGGCUACCAUGCCAUCCCCAGCAUGAGCCAUGUACACCUUCACGUGAUCAGCCAGGAUUUCGAUUCUCCUUGCCUGAAAAACAAAAAACAUUGGAAUUCUUUCAAUACGGAAUACUUCCUAGAAUCACAAGCUGUGAUCGAGAUGGUGCAAGAGGCUGGCAGAGUGACUGUCCGAGACGGGAUGCCUGAGCUCCUGAAGCUGCCCCUCCGUUGUCAUGAGUGCCAGCAGCUGCUGCCUUCCAUUCCUCAGCUGAAGGAGCAUCUCAGGAAGCACUGGCCCCAGUGACCGUGGAGCCUGGACCACUGCAUUGCAUAUAGCUCAUUGUGUCGAGCAGACUCCUGCCACCUGUUCUGGAUGGCUUGUGACCUUUUACUUGUUUCUCGAAUUAAAAUGUGCAGCUUUUUUUUGUUUUUUACAAAGCUUGUUGUAUUCCUGAGUAGCUGCAAUGUGGGAUGACUCAAAAUAGUUAAGGAAUUAAGAAUUUGGGCUUGUCAUGGAUGUGUUCUCUGGUGAGGGUGUCUGGGACAUGCCUGACCCACCAUUUCCAGGACCCACGUCAGGUCUGAUGCACGGGAGCAAAGCCGUGUUCAUACUGACCUAACGCAGGAUGUGGAAGCAGAGGGUGGAUUGUAUAUCUCUGUUCCUUACACGCAUCCUCCCUCCCUGGAGGCAUGUGGGAGCCUUUCAUCAGAGCAGCCAGAGGGCCUCUUGUUUAUCCCAAAGGUGCUGCUUGGUCUUGUCUCUGAUCUUAACCAGUUCUGUGAUAUUCUUUAUCUGAUUCAUUGGGAGACUUCGUUUCUUCUGUCCCUGUCAUUCCCGUCUAUCCAAAACCACCCAAAUGCUCAGGAAGUCUGUCUGAUCCCCUCUCCUUCACUCUGAGCAAACAGGCUAGGUGAGGGGCUGGAGGGAUGGGUUUCUCCUAAAAUCAGGGGUUCCUGGCUGCUGAGGGAGUACUCAGCCCUGUUCACCGCGCUUCAGCUGUCAGCCUUCUUGCUGGCCUGCUUGAGCUGUUGUCUGAAGAUGAAGUUCAUUUCUUUGGGCCAUCUCUCUCAGGCAGCUGAAAACUAUCAGGAGUUCAGCUGAGCGUCACAGUCAGUUGUAUGCGUGAAAAGGUAGCUGUCGAAUGAAAAAGUUGCACAGACCCUAUAGCUUCAUUUUUUCCUCAGAACAAAUUUGCAUGGAACUGUUGAUCAAGUUGGUUUUGGGAUAAUGUCAGAACUAAAGGUAAAAGGAAAUCCAAAAUGUUGUUUUUGAUUAAAUUGUUGAUGUGUUUGGGCCUGUGA